UCUAUCAGGCCUGUCAACAUCAUGGCGUCGGGAAACCUAUCACAUCCUACAGAAUUCCUCCUUCUGGGACUCUCAAAGGAUCCAGAAGUACAGCCUCUACUCUUUGGGCUCUUUCUGGCCACAUACCUGGUCACCGUGCUGGGGAACAUGCUCAUCAUUCUGGCCAUCAUCUGUGACCCUCAUCUCCACACCCCCAUGUACUUCUUCCUCUCCAACCUUUCCUUUGUAGACAUCUGCUUCACCACCACCACGAUGCCCAAGAUGCUGGUGAACAUUCAGACACAGAACAAAUCCAUCAGUUACCCAGGCUGCCUCAUUCAGAUCUGCUUUGUGCUGACUUUUGCGGGACUAGAAAAUGGAAUUCUGGUAAUGAUGGCUUAUGAUCGAUUUGUGGCCAUCUGCUACCCGCUGAGGUACUCUGCCAUCAUGAACCCCAAACUCUGUGGGUUGCUGGUCGUGUUAUCUUUCCUCAUCAGCGUUCUGGAUGCCCUGCUCCAUACUUUGAUGGCACUGCGAUUGUCCUUCUGCAUGAACCUGGAAAUCCCCCACUUCUUCUGUGAACUGGCUCAUGUUCUUAAGCUCGCCUGUUCUGACAUCCUCAUCAAUAACGUCUUGGUGUAUGUAGUGACUAGUCUUUUAGGUGUUAUUCCUCUCUCUGGGAUCAUUUUCUCUUAUAUUCGCAUUGUCUCCUCUGUCCUAAAAAUCCCAACAACUGGUGGAAAAUACAAGGCGUUUUCCAUCUGUGGGUCACACUUAGUCGUUGUUUCACUGUUCUACGGGACGGGUUUUGGGGUCUAUCUUAGCUCUGCAGGUACUCACUCCUCCAGGAAGAGUGCAAUCGUCUCAGUAAUGUACACCGUGGUCACUCCCAUGAUGAAUCCCUUUAUCUACAGCCUUCGGAACAAGGACAUGAUGGAAGCUUUGAGGAAACUCAUGUCUAGAGUGUUAUGUUUAAAUUGA